AUGGAUGAUGAUGCAAAAGAAAUACAAUCUCCAACUGAUGAUGAACCCAACCAAGAUCUUCCCCCACAAAUAAUUGAAGACAACAACAACAACAUUGAUGUAGAUUUGCAGAAACCUAUUAUAGAGGAUGACGAUGAUCAAGGAGAAGGAGAAGAAGAAAGGCAACAAAAAACCAUCCCUGAUAAUUUUGAGAAAAUCUCUCAAGAGAUUGAUCGGUUUGUUCUUAAAUUGAAAACCGCCAAGAAGGACAAAUCGCCUGCCCCCGAAUUAUCCGAAUCGUUUAAACAAUUUGCUCAUCAUGUCGAAGCAAAGUUCUCCAUCUAUGAUUCUUCCAGCGAUAGGAGAUGGAAUCAGUUAUCAGAAGUCGAAUCUUCAUCCUUCUUGGAUACCGUCGAAAGAGUCUCCAGGCUAGCCAUCAGCCUCAGCCAUUUCCAUUCUGAAUCAACCUAUGCUCCCGCGAUUAAUCUCAUCUCCCGCAUUCUCCAACACGCAAUGUCAUACCUCGAAGACGAGUUCAUCUUUCUUUUGGAAGAAUCCAAGAAUAUUGAACCGGAAACAAAGAUUAAUCCAACAAACGAGGAAGAACAGCAACAGGUUAUUGAUCAGGGAUCUGAGUCUGAUAAUCAACAGGCAACGCCUUCUUCUGCUGCUGAAAUAAUAAUGGCUGAAGGAGAUCAAUUUCAAGGUUACUCUGAUGAAAUCGUGUUGAAAUUAAAUAAGAUCUCAAAGGCAAUGUCAGUUGGAGGAUACUCCCCUGAGUGUGUUCAAGGUUUCAUCAUCACAAGAAAGGCAAUGUUGGAAGAUACCUUGCAAAAGGUAGGAUUCGAAAAGUUUAGCAUAGAUGAAGUCCAGAAGAUGCAAUGGGAGACACUCGAGAGAGGAAUUGUUUCGUGGAUCAACGCAUUCAAGCAUUGCAUGAAGGUGCAACUUCCCGGCGAGCGUAAGCUUGCCGACUCUGUCUUCACCGAUGUCUCCGAUGCAGAGGAGGUCUUCACAUCUUUAUCUCGUGGAAUCGUGUUACAGUUACUCAAUUUUGCAGAGGCGACCACUAUGAUGAAACGAUCCUCCGAUAAACUAUUCAAGUUUCUCGACAUACACGAGGCAAUUCAAUUCGGUAUUACCACCAUCAACGAACUGUACAGAGAAGAAUGCGGUAAAGAGCUCAGAUCGGAAGCAGCGUUCAUUAAUUUCCGAUUCGGGGAAGCAGUAGUCAGCAUCUUCUAUGAACUUGAGAAAUCAAUCGAAGCAGACACUUCAAAGAACCCCGUUCCUGGAGGAGCUGUUCAUCCUUUGACACGAUACCUAAUGAACUAUCUAAAAUACGCCGGCGUGUAUGCCGAAACCCUAGAACGUGUGUUCCAGGAACACCACCAAAAGAUUGGGAGAACUAACAACAAGUCAACGAGUAAUCCUACCAAACAUAAGAAAUCACACAAAAAAGAUAAACAGAAACAAGAACAACCGCCUCCACCGCCAUUACCAGUGUCAACGCCGUCGUCAUCAUCAGCAGCAGCAACAGUAUCGAAUCUACCGCCAUUGGCAACGCAAAUGAACAAGAUAAUGGAUCUAUUAGAUAUAAACCUAGAUGCGAAAUCGAAACUGUACAAGGACGUAUCACUGAGCUUAAUAUUCCUGAUGAACAAUGGAAGAUACGUAUUGCAGAAAAUAAAAGGAUCUACGGAGAUACAUAAGCUGAUGGGAGAUACCUGGUCGAGGAAGAAAUCAUCGGAGUUGAGACAAUACCAUAAGAAUUACCAGAGGGAAACGUGGGGGAAAUUACUGAAUUGUUUGAAUCACGAAGGAUUGAAUGUUAACGGGAAGGUGAUGAAGCCGGUGGUGAAGGAGCGGUUGAAGAGUUUCAACAGUAUGUUUGAUGAUAUACAUAAGAAUCAGAGAGAGUGGGUUUUGAGCGAUGAACAGCUGCGAUCGGAGCUUCGAGUGUCGAUAUCGUCAGUUGUGAUUCCGGCUUAUCGGUCUUUCUUAGCGAGGUUCGCUUCAGUUCUAUCGUCGGGAAGGCAAACUCAGAAGUACGUGAAAUUCCAGACGGAAGAUAUAGAGACGAGAAUCGAAGGACUCUUCGAUGGGAAUGCUAGUGCAAGUGGAGGAGGAUCAGGAUGGAAGAAAUGAUUUAUA